UAUCUUUGUUGCAUUUUCUUACAUUCUGGAGUCUUUAGUAACUUAGAUCUUACAAUUGACAGCGGGUGGAAUCAUUUAUGUCUGCACUGAGAGAAGUUGCGGAGGAAAGUGGAUUAACUUUGAAGAAGCUUGACAAGAAAUUGGAAAGAACUCUUCUGCACUCGUAUCGCAAGGAUUUGACAUCUCAAGUUUCUGCUGAAAUGGAUCCAGUUUCUCUUUUACCACAAGUUAUAUCUCUGCUUUAUGCACAGGUUCAUGGAAAAGCUCUUCAGGCUCCUGGUAGGGCCAUUUCAGCUGCUGUCGCUCGGUUAAAGGAUAAACUGGAUGACUCGGCAUUCAAGACCUUGGUUGAAUACCAGAGUGGAACAGUGAGCCUGUUGGCUCUAAUGUCUGCUGCUACCGGCAAUGAGGAAGAUUGUUCAUUUGACAGAAUUUUGACCAAAAGGGAGCUCUUAGAGGAAUUGAUGCCUGCAUUGAAGGGCUUAGUGCUUAGUACCUCACAGUCACAGACAUGACUUGGAUAGAUUAAACUUCAGGGAAUAUUUUCAACACAAGAUGGAAGCAUUCAUCUUUCUUCUCUUCAAUGGUUUCUUCUAUCAUAACCAGAGUUAAGAGGAGUUGCUACACAUCAAACAGCUAUAAGAGAUUUCCUAAGGAAGUUAGUCUUUGUCAAAGACUUCAGCUUUUGCGUAGUUGGUGACUUGUACAAAUAGAUAUUGUAUAUCUGUUUUAUACCAACUUGGCACAAAAUAUAUACUAUAAAGCAAUCAACUUAUUGUCUUCACAUCAAUUCCAUAGUAAUUUUGGUCAUUUA